AUGAUGUUCCCCUUCUACAUCCCUCCGCCCACCAUCAACACCGGAUCCAUCACAUUCCCACCAGCACCCCCUCUCCCCCCUAGACCGCGACUCGUCUCCAAGCCGAACCCACAGCUCAAGGCCAACGCCGGCGGGCCCAAGACCCGCCGGAUCUACUGGCCCAACCGUCUCGACGCCGCAUACGCGACCCACUCGCUGUCGGCCGUUGAUGGCCUCUCGCGCCCGUUCGUCGGGCCUUUGCACCCAGCCUUUCUCGUCCGCCGUUCCCUCGAGAGACUUGCAUUCACGCGCGUCACCCUGCCGCACAUCCGCCCCGAACCGCUGCCUUCGAUCGUUAUCGACCGGUUCCUGCAGCAAGGCAGGAUAUGGUCUGGGUUUGGCGCGACGUGUCCCGGUUUCAACUACCCCGCCGCCAACAAAAGUGCCAGUUCAAUCUCGUCGGGCUCAAGUUCAGAGCACAGCGAGAGGGUCCUCCGUGGCCACAACCACUCCAACUGCACCGCACGCCUAGUGGCCAAGUUUACCUCUCCGACGGAACACUAUGGCCGCGAGGGCGUGUGUCCCGAAGCGGCGCGCGAGGCGUGGCUAUACACGCACAACUUGCGCUGUCUGCAGGGGAAAGUCGUGCCACGGUGGUGGGGGGUGUACUAUGCCGAGCAGAGUGCGGGACGUGGGACGAGGCGGGCUGAAGUCCUGUGCGCCAUCAUGGAGGAUGCUGGGCGGCCGCUUGAUGAGGUCGAGGCGGGCCACCUGGACAAGGCCGACAAGAUAGUCAUCCGGGACAAAUACGCCGCGCUCCAUGCCUCGGGCGUAGUACACUACUCGUGUGCGCCGAAACACUGGCUGGUGCCCUACUCGCUCGAGCUGCUUCCCAUCGACGUCUGCAGCCUUCGCCUGAUCGAUUUUGGAUCCUCCCUCGUCCGCCGGGACGUGUUUACAGACUCGUUUGCAGGAGGAAUCCCUGCUGCCGGAGCCCAGUAUCUGGGCGCCAUGGACCAGGACGAAUGGGAACGCCAUGCGCAGGUGGAGAUGGAGCAUGUGUGCAAGAUUUGGGCGUAG